AUGCGAUUCUUAAUUUUCUUAACAUUUCUAUGUUCCUAUGCCUUCUCAACUGAUAUCGGAUUCAUAGAAGAUCACCCAAAAGCUCUAAAUUGCUUUCACAAUGCUCCAAGACAAAAAGACAGGUUUCCACUUUUUCGAAAAAUCUUGGAAAAUGGCAAAAGAUUCAUAAUUGAUUGUAUAGAGAAUGUUGCAAAAUCAGACAGCGAAAAGCAGAAAAUCAAGAAAGAAAUAACAUCUGUCCUAUUGCAAACUUACGAGUUCGCACAAGUCGAUCAAGAAACCGUGACAGCUCGCUAA